CAAACAAAAAAUAAACAAAACAUCAUUGAAGUUUUUCAAAUAGUAUAAAAAUCUAACUAAACAUUAAGAUUCUCCAUAAAGAUGUCGUCUUUAAGUGGAUACGACACGGAAGCUGUUGGUUUUGAUAGUAUUACUUCGGAAAAAAAGGCGGGAACUGAAAUUUCAACGCAGACCAAUGAAUUCAAGGAGUACAGUUUUGGUUGUCAAACGGUUACAUCGAAAGACGUUGGCUGUUCCGCCGAGCCUGAAGACUUGAACGCAGAGGACGAUGUACUCAAGGAGUAUCCACCACCAGGUCUUAAUGCGUUCCUCAGGAAGGUAGUUCCCAGCAUGAUGGAACAACUAGACCAGAACGAAAAAGAUAUGCCGUACAACUCGUCAGACUCCGACGAGGAAGAAGCUGUAACCGCAAAGAUCCUUCAGGAGAUAAACUUAGAUGGACAAGGGUUAGGCGCGGGUGACCACCGAUCUUCUAUCCUGGGGGUAACUUGGAGCAGCACCGGGAAUACAUUAGCUGUCUCCAUAGGUCAGAAGCAGCACGAGACCUGGUGUGAACAACAAGGUCAGAUCAAAGUAUAUACCAUGAAGAACUUUGAAGGAAGCAAACUGACCCAUACUCUUGAUAUAAUGGAGAAGAAUUGCGUUACUGUGGUGAAGUAUCACCCCACUGUCUCAGCACUGCUAGCGUACGGAACAGCUUCCGGUGAAGUUGUAUUAAGCAACUUAGUGAAUACGAGUCUGAACUCAUUUACCGAUCGUAUAUAUUCACCGUCCGGUUGCCACGGGUCACGUCGCGUGUCGGCGCUACACUGGGCUGACGCCAGUCUAGCGAAUACCUUCCUUAUGAUGCAAAUAAAUGGAAAAGGCAAACGGCGAGGCGCGGCCGAUCAGAUUCUUAUAUCUUCUGGUUGCGAUGGUACCAUCAAUGUAUGGCAAGUAAAUGCCAACUUGAAGAUAUUUGAGAAUGUCGUUUGCUAUAAUUUGAAUGCAGGAAGGAAGCCAGCGCCGGAUAUCACAUGCUUUGACUUUAACAAGAGAUAUUGUCUCCGGCGUUUCGAUGAGAAAUUGCCUGAUGAUAUAUUUGUCGUUGGGUGUAAGUCUGGGCAGCUGUAUCUAUGCAAGAUCAAGGGCACUGGAGACGAGGUGGUGGACCCGGUGCACGAGGAGUUGGAGGGGCACGGGACCUGCGUGCUGGGCGUCGAGUUUAGCUGCCACAAGCCAGUCUUCGUGUCAAUGUCAAUGGACUCGGAGUUGAGGCUCUAUUCUGUUAACCAACCUUGUCCAUUGAAGAUCUUUUGCUUGGACGUGGCUAUCAGCUGCAUGGCGCUACUGGGCACCACCCCGUGCGCGGUGGUGGGGCUGACAGCUGAUGAGAAAGAGGCACUUAGGGUCUACAAUGUCUUCAGUGGGAAGCAAGUCAUGGUUGACGGCUUCUUGGGUCAUCAAGAGGUCACUUGUGUUGCUGUAUCACAGAGCGGGAUUGUAGCUGGCAACAUGGAUAAUAAACUGCGCGUCUGGGACCUUCCCGCGCUUCGCUUUAAACUGUCAUCAGAAGAUUAUUACUUUUAA